AUGCGGUCCACAUUCCUGCUCAGCCGGCUGGGGUCCUUGCUCCAAAUUCUUUCGCUGACUUCUUGGUCUUCUGUUCAUGCCGCAGCUAUUCCAAACGGUGAGAAGCGCCAACACUCUGCAUGCCGCCGCACAAAGGUUGCAAUCUUAGGAGCGGGCAUCGCUGGAAUCACCACAGCUCAAGCCUUGUCCAAUCAGUCCAUCACGGACUUCUUGAUUGUAGAAUAUCAAGGUGAAAUCGGCGGACGAGUUCACCACGCCGACUUUGGCAAGGGACCAGAUGGCAAACCACUUUUGGUCGAAUACGGGGCCAACUGGAUACAAGGCCUCGGUACUGAUGGUGGCCCAGAAAACCCAAUCUGGACGUUUGAGAAGAAAUGGAAUAUUGAGAGUCAAGAGUCCAAUUUCUCACGAAUCCUCACGUACAAUGAGUCUGGUUUGGCAGAUUUCGAAUCCGAGAUAGAAGAGUACGAGGAUGCCUUCUUCCGCAUGACACAGGAAGCCGGUGAACUCCUCACAGACAACAUCCAAGACAAGACGAUUCGUGAGGGUCUCAUGCAUGUUGGGUGGAAGCCAGACCAGCGUGACUACCCAGCCGCAGCUGACGCUGUGGAGUGGUGGCUCUACGAUGGCGAGCAGGCUUACACGCCCGAGGAGACAAGUCUUGUGUUCAACUCGGCAGUGAACAACUUUACCUUUCUACAGUACAGCGGCAAGAACAACUUCGUCAUCGAUCAGCGCGGCCACAACACCUGGAUCAAAGGCGAAGCAUCGACGUUCCUAGACGAGGAUGACCCACGUCUUCUGUUGAACACCAUCGUCAGUAAUAUUGAGUACUCAGACGACGGUGUCGAAGUCACCAUGGAAGACGGGUCUUGUAUCUCUGCCGACUAUGCCGUCUGCACAUUCAGCUUGGGUGUUUUACAACACGAAUCAGCUGUGGAGUUUGAUCCUCCGCUCCCAAACUGGAAGAAGACCUCCAUUGACAUGUUCAGCCUGGGCACAUACACGAAGAUAUUCAUGCAGUUCUCCGAAAGGUUCUGGCCGGACGACACUGAGUUCUUUCUCUACGCUGAUCCGGCCCAACGAGGUUGGUAUCCCAUCUGGCAAUCCCUCGACCUCGACGGCUUCUUCCCAGGCUCACACGUGCUCUUCACCACCGUCACCGAGCGCGAGUCCAAGCGGGUCGAACGUAUGACAAACGAGGAAACACUAGCCGAGACAAUGGACGUCCUCCGUGCCAUGUUCCCCAACGUCACCGUUCCACAGCCAACCGCCUUUACAUAUCCCCGAUGGGGCACCAUCCCAUGGGCGUACGGGUCCUUCUCAUGCUGGCCGGCGGGCACGACCCUCGAGAUGCACGAGAACCUCCGCGCCAACGUCGACAGGCUGUGGUUCGCUGGCGAGCACACCAGCGCGACCUACUUUGGGUACAUGCAGGGCGCGUGGUUCGAGGGCCGCGACGCUGGGACCAGGAUCGCGCAGCUGAUCAAGGGCGCCUGUAUCGGUGAUGCGCCGACGGGGGGUGCGACGAGGGGGAGUGGGGACUGUGGCGAGAGGGUGAGGUAUGAGAAGUUGCAUGGGACUACUGAGCUGGAGGAGUAUAAUGUCCAGAACGGCUGGGAUGGGACGAGCUUCCAGACAAAUGGGUUGGAUGACGAGUGA